AUGCCAACCAAGCGACCUGUGGAGCUGACCAAAGAGGCUCCGUCCAGGAGGUACACAGCGAAGGCACCACCUCCAUCGGCCAAGUCAGACAGCUCUCGGGGUGCCAAAGCCAAGGCGUUAUGUCAUCAGAAGAAAUUUCAAGCUCCACCACCUGUGAAGAAAGAUGGCAAAGUCAAAGACAAGAAGGAAAAGAAAGAUUCAAAGGAUAAGGAGAAGGCGAAGAAGCAGGAUAAGGCGAAGACAGAAAAGAAGCACAAGAAAGAGAAGGAGCAGGUGGACGAAAAGGUGAAGCAGAAUUUGAAGCAUGUAGAGAAAGCAAAGUCAGAGAAUCAGAAAGCGGAGAAGAAGGACAAGCUUAAGAGAAAUUUGGCCCCAGACUUCGAGAAGGAGGUGGAGGGUGCAGGAAGAAAAGCCAUGAAAGCUGACUUACAAAGCAAGCUGGCAGCCUUGAAAAAAGCUAGCGAACGAAAUGUGGCAUCUGAUGAGGAUGAGAGUGGCGCUGAGUCUUUGUCAGCUGCUCUUCAGCCUUUGAUUCAAGCUCGGCAGCACAAGUCUUGUCCUGAUGAGGAUGAGGAUGAAGAAAGUGAUGCUGAUGGUGGGGAAGAGGAAGGCUCAGCAGGGUCGGAGGAGGAUGAAGAUGGAGACGAAGAUGAAGAUGAUUCUGACUUUGAGGAUGAAAGUGAUGAUGAAGAUGAGCCAGGUUCAAGUGAAGAAUCGGCAGAGGAGGAGGAGGAAGAACAUGGAGCAGAAGAGGGUGGAGGUAGGAAGUCAGCUUUGCGACGCGCUUCGGCUACUUCGGGUACUUCGACGACACCAACACCGGCAACUCCAGCAGCUUCUGAGGACCAGGUCAACACGAACUCGGACCUUGCUUUGGUGGCCCAGGAAAGUGAGAAGUCCACGCAGUUGGUGCGAAACAGCGUGAACAGCAAGCGAGAGUGGGACUCGUUCAACAGAGCGAUCCAGAACAAGAAGUGCUUCCCAGUAGAGUUAUCAAGCUAUGUCCUGAAGAAUAAGAAUUGCUUGUUCAAUGCUUGGUGUGAUGCCAACAGAAACUGGGACGAGUGCAAGCUUAUCAUGGAAAGGACACAGAAAAACUCAACCGAGGGUUUGUCUGGCUGGAAAGCUGUGAAAGGACGGGACCUAGUGUCUGAGUACGGUGAGGCCAAAGCUGAGACUUUGAUGACGAAGAGAUAUGCUGCUGGACUCUACUACGACGACGAGGAUUUCCCUGAUGACAAGUUGGAGCGGAACUACUUCAUGAGAAAGCAGAAGGAGGUGACUAAAAGGCAAACCACUGAGGAUUCUACAAAGCUUCGUGGUGAAGUUGGUGCUGACAGGGAGGCUGUGCUGUCUCUCAUAGACGAAUCUGAGGGUAUGAUGAGGGCAGGGGCAGUUGCUGCUGACCUUGGAGCAGCCAACGCAGCUGGCCAGAAAGCCUUACUUGAAGGUCUUUCCGAUGGUGUAGUUCACAAGGCGGCGCCCAAGAAGAGAGCAAAGAAAGAAGAAGAAGAAGGAGCCACGGAAGUCAAGCCAAAGACAAUGGCUGAACAGGCCAGCGACUUGAUGAGUGAGGUCUUGGCCGAAGCUACUUCUGCCAGGAAGAAGAGUAUGGCUUUGGGGGGGGCUGCUUUCUCAGGAGAGCUUGCUUCGCAAUUGCUUGAGCAUGCAGAAACCAUGGAAAAGCAUUACAAGGUCUUGCAAACAGCUGUGAACAGCAACGUCGUGGACGAGGCCUUCUACACGAAAGCAUUCGCCAAGAUUCAGAAGGACCGACAGUGGUUUGAAAGCGCAGAGCCAGCAGCCGAUUCAAUUCUGAGCGGAUUGAAAAGAGCAGCCAACAGAUCGAAAGGAGACGGAGGCAAAAAGAGCAGAGGAGGAAAGAAAGACAAGGCGGACAAGAAAUGA